GUACCAUCGAUGGAACCACCGCGCGGUGCCAUGCGGCGCGCAUUCACCAAUAAUCAGUAGUCAUACGGUACCGCUCAAGCAUACUGCACAAAUACCACUUUUACCUUCCGGAACUAUGACUUAAAGUUACCGCACGCACGUUUUUUCGAUACACCGUGCAUCAUAUCUGUGAUGAACCUUUGUAGGAUGUGACUGCUUAAUGUGAAGUUACCAUUGGAUUUUUCUGUACAUAUAUCAACUAUAAAUAUCUUCACGCAACCUUAGAAAUUGUUACCGCUCGUAGCUGCGCCGCCACUGCAUAGAUUGUCAAUAACUUCGAAGCUUCUCCUUCUUGGGAAUAGUAGUAACUUCAUGUCAAAGUUCCUUCAAAAUACGAGCGGUACUUUUCGAGCUAUAGAGGGGACAAAGAUUAGAGGACAGAUAUAUCGACAGAUAGAGAGACAGACCGACAGAAAUUAGUAACGUAUGACGUAUGUCAUUUUUCGCGUAUUAAAUGUUUACCGUACGCUUAUCAAUAGCGACAACGUUGCUGGCUGUGAUAUCGAACCCAUGUACCUGCGCCAACAUCUUGAUGAUAACGAUGGGUGGCACCAAGUCCCACAAGAUUCCAUUUUGGGAACUGGCCCGAGGCCUGAUCCCAAGGGGUCACAACAUCACCUUCCUCAACGCCUUCCCCGCAGAUUUCUCCAUUUCCGGAUUGGAGGAAAUCACACCUGCUGGUCUGGUCUUCUAUGUGAAGAACUUCACCAAUUGGGACCUAGUGGGAGCGAGGAUGCGAGGUGAAGACCCUGUCCAUCCUUUGGAUAUGCUCAGAUAUGCACACGAGUCAUGUGAUGCACUUCUGUCCGACACCGAAACAAAAUCCCUUCUCCACGACAGCACGAAGUUCGACCUUCUGAUCCUGGACGGAGCGUUUCCAGAAUGCGCCCUUGGCUUCGCACACUACUUCAAAUCGCCCUUCAUGUACAUCAACACUGUAGGUUUCUACACGGGCAGCCUGUCCUUAGCCGGCAACCCUUUGCCGUACUCCUUCACCCCUUUCCUGUCGAUUGACCUUACGGACGACAUGGACCUUCUGCAGAGGACUAGAAAUACCAUGUGGUAUAUGGCGGCUAACUUGUUGCAUAGUGUUACGGUCAGAUGGUUCGUGCAAGACGUGGUCAGAAAACAUUUUGGCGACGAUGUUCCGCUCGUGUACGACCUUUCGAAGAACGUCAGCUUCAUUUUACAGAACGGUCACGCUACAGUGACUUACCCCCGACCAUUUUUACCUAAUGUUGCGGAAAUAGCAUGCAUUCACUGCAAGAAAGCAAAACCGCUACCCGAGCACCUGGAAGAAUUCAUCAGAGGUUCAGGUGAUGCAGGUUUCAUCUACUUCAGCAUGGGCUCAUCGGUGAAGGCAGCCAAUAUGCCUGUUUACUUGCGAAAGAUGCUAAUGGUCGUGUUCAGAAAUCUACCCCAGAGGGUGCUGUGGAAAUACGAAAGUGCUGAUGAUAUGUCGGAUCUACCGUCCAACGUCCUGCUGGAGAGGUGGCUUCCCCAACAAGAUAUUUUGGGUCACCCAAAACUGAAGGCCUUCGUCACUCAUGGCGGUUUGCUGAGUAUGUUCGAAACGGUGUACCAUGGAGUGCCGAUCAUCACGAUGCCCGUAUUUUGUGACCAUGAUUCCAACGCAGCUAAAGCUGAAAUCGACGGUUACGCUUUGAAGCUGGACCUUCAAACUCUCACAGCCGACAAGCUCCUGUGGGCCAUCAGAAAGGUUAUUGAGGACCCCAAGUACCGUCAAGAGGUCAAAAGGCGUCAACGCCUCCUGAUGGACCAAUCAGAAACCCCAUUGGAACGUGCUGUCUUCUGGACAGAAUACGUUUUGAGACAUAAAGGUGCAAUGGCCCUCCAAUCACCUUCAAGACAUUUAGGAGUCCUGCAGUACUACCUAGUGGACGUCAUCGCACUUCUGAUGCUGUCCGCCCUUAUGUUCUACUCUGUUAUGAAGUUAUUGUUGAGACUAGUGACUCAGCAUGCAGUGAAUAGUUAUAGUUCGGACGCUUGCGAAAGGAAAAAAGUGGAAUGAUUGAUAGUUGUGAGCUUAGUGAUUGUAAAUAAAAAAAUGACACAGAUACGA